CCAUAGCGAACGCGCUCCUCCAGUCUGAAUAUACACGGACACUGAUGUUCGUCCCCAACCGCUGCUCCAGCCUCGCUCGGCUUUCAAUCCAACUCACACCCGCCUCCACCUCCACCUCCAGCUGUCUGUCCCGAUGUUACGCUAACGUGCCGCCGCUAUUUUUUCUCUUCAUCGCCAUCGUGUUCAUCGGCUCGAUGAACUGACAGCAGAGGAAGCGAGACACAGAGAAGGAGAAAUGGGGCCUGAUCAUAGGAGACCGGAGGAAGUCACCAUGUGUCGAAACCCGUCCAAAUAUGCCCUCGUCUUUCUCUCCCUUGCCUUGUUUGGACUCAUCUUUCUACUUGGCAACAUCCGCACUGUGGAGAAGUGGAACUGUAACAGGAUUUCCACCCUCGACCAGCUACAGCGCACGUUCCAAACCUCCUUCGUCCAUGCCCCCACUUUUCAUAACAGUUCCUUCUGUGCUCACAUGGGUCAAAAACCCUCGCCUGAAGAAAAACUCGAGGAGCGCUACCUGUUGGACUCCAUUGCCUGGCCCGGACCUCCGACUUCCUCCAAUCCAGCACCCUUGCGUCUGACGAGCGACCCGGUGCACAGUCUGUUUGCCAUCCUCCCCAACAAAGGAAGGAAGGAGUGGUGCGUUGGCGACCAGCUGGAGGUCCUCGUCCAAAUGCAUGACUUCCAGGGUCGCCCCAAGCACUACGGUGGAGAUUUCCUUUUGGCCAGGCUGCACACUCCGGAGCUUGGUGCAGGUGUUGCUGGUAAAGUGUUGGACCACAGGAAUGGAUUUUAUUCUGCGCUCUUCCCGCUACUUUGGGAGGGAUCUGUACAGGUGGAGAUUACGAUGGUGCACUCCAGUGAGGCAAUCGCAGUGCUGAAACGGCUGAGGGAAAAGCGGCCUGACCGGGUGUUUUUUAAGAGCCUUUUCCGUGUGGGAUACCUGGUUGAAACCACCGUGUGUAACAUGUGUCUGCCUCCUGAUGAUAAGCCGCUGUGCAACUUCACAGACCUUUACACUGGCGAGCCCUGGUUCUGCUACAAGCCCAAAAUGCUCAGCUGUGACACCAGAAUCAACCACUCGAAAGGAGGCUACCUGGAACACCUCAUCACAAACAAAGAGGCUUUACUCUUCCAGAGUGGCGUUAACAUCAAAGUACAAAUACAUGCUUCAGGACCUGACAGAGUUACAGUGCUGCCUCCUAAGAAAGACAAAGUGGAGGUGAAGAAGGGCGGCAGUGUAAAAUCAGACGCCGUUAAGGUCGUACCAUCUGGAUAUUACUACGGGGACUCAUGGAGGCAGCUGGGCGGAGUUAAAAUGCAUCAGUUCAACAAUUCCUCUGCCGUCACUCAGUGUUUGAAGGACAAGAUGAUCUACUUGUAUGGAGACUCCACCGCCAGGCAGUGGUUUGAGUACCUUGUCACUUUUCUCCCAGAGCUGAAGGAGUUCGACCUGCACAGUCCUAAAAAUGUCGGGCCUUACAUGGCGGUGGACAACGCUCACAACAUUCUCUUGAAUUAUCGCUGCCACGGCCCGCCCAUCAGAUUCACCGGCGUCACAUCCAGCGAGUUGAGGUACGUGUCCAAUGAGCUGGACGGCCUCGCUGGGGGUCCCAACACAGUCGUGGUCCUCAGCAUCUGGUCCCAUUUCAGCACCUUUCCCGUUGAGGUGUACAUACGGCGGCUACGCCACAUUCGGCGGGCGCUGGCGCAACUUUUGGACCGAGCGCCGGGGACGCUGGUGGUGAUCCGCUCAGCCAACCUCCAAGUCUUGGACCAACAAGUGAGCCUGUUCAACAGCGACUGGUAUUCGCUGCAGCUGAAUAAGGUCCUUAGGGCCAUGUUUAAGGGAAUGAGCGUUCUGGUGGUGGAUGCCUGGCAAAUGACUUCAGCACAUCACCUCCCCCACGCCCUCCAUCCACCCCAAGCCAUUAUCAAGAACAUGGUAGACCUGCUUCUGUCCUACAUUUGCCCAUAGAAGGAAAAAGCAUAUAGCAGUGGGUAAGUGAUCACCGCAUUAGUUUAGAGUAAAUCAUCUGUCUGUAAUCCACCUUUACGUGAUUGGUGUCAAACAAGCACAAAUCCUACAUAUCCCCGAAGCUAUGAGGAUCGAUGGUUUUUUAGUUCUUGAACGUUAACAGACAGAGCCUUCUGUCAGAGUACAUAAUGUUACAAAAGUCAUCGUUGUCGUUACCAAAAAAGUGUCACAAUGGUAGGAAAAAAACACGUUACAAAAUGUUCUAAUGUCACAAAAACAAUUCUUACCAAUAGUGUUAAUUUAAAAAAAAAAAACAUGCUAAAUGCUACAUAUUUUUAUUUAAAAUAUAAGAAUCUUAAAUGAGAUCAUGAGGUCUUCACUUCAGUACGUAUCACGAGGACUGCAAGUGUAUGUUCAUUGAGUAAUCAAGGACAUAUAGUGCUUUUUCACUACACCAUUCCAGCACGGCUCGUCACGGCUCGACUCUCGUCGUAUCUUUUUGUUUUAACAUUAGUGAUAGUACCUUGUACCUGGUACUUUUUUGGU